CGAGGGCGAGUACCGGAAGGCGCUCGCUAAGAUCACCACUGCCACCUUUACUUCCUUCGAGGACGGCUUGCAGCCCUACACCGAAGACACCCCAGCGCCUCAGCGUUGGCAGAAGAUCGCAGACCACCUCCCUCCUCUCGCCGGAAAGGAACCACCGGAGAUGACCGAAGGCGAGGAGGAAGAGGUCGACGAGGAGGAGGAGCGCACCGAGUCGGACUCGGAGGCGCGGGACUUCAUCAGACUCCCGCGCGGGUCGAAGAGGGGUGCCGAGUCCUCGUCCCAGGGCGCGGCUGAAGAGGAGGCGACCUCCCGUCCGGAGGACAAGGCGGAGCCCUCCAAGGAAGGGGCCGAGCCGCUAUCGAAGCGACUGCGCCCCACUCUCCUGGAAGGGUCCAUGAGGCUUCAGCGUCCCUUGAAGGACGCGAUCGAUGCGGGAGCUCGGGCCGGUCCGGGCGUAAAAGCGAUUCCCACGGUGAAGUAAGUAUUUCUUGUCGAAUUUAUCCUUCCUGCGACUGGACUGAGUGUCGACUCACCUCGCCUCUCUGUAGGUCCAAGAAGAAGACCUUGGCGAAGCCGCCCGCGGCCGGGGUG